AUGCCCGUAGAUCCCUUUGGGGACGAGCACCACACACCCAUCAUGAAUCCCUCCCAACUGACUAGCUAUACCAAUCGUACACCAUCACCGGAGCGACAGCGACAGCACAGUACCUACCAGUCACCGGAGCGACAGAGCGUCUAUUCACCCGAAAGACAGCAGAGCUAUCAGCUUCAGGAUAAUCCAUAUGGAACUCAUGCGCACUUGCACAUGCCAUCAAUUGAUCGUCUUGCUGAGCAACCUACUUACUCAGUCGAGCAUGUCCAUCAUAACUCUUACAGCGGCUACAGUGAACCUCCAUCCUACGCUUAUGAACCCGACUACGCAGUCGAUCCCGAGGCGCAUCAUGACGCCUAUUUCACUCAACCCUACGAACCAAACGUCGAACCGCCUGCGCAAGAAGAUUAUGAUCUAGGUCACUACCCAGAUGGCCGCCACCAAUCUUAUGAUGACAAUGCUCCUAUGCUGGAGCACGAGGCGGACCAAGGGGAAAACCCUUUUGGUCCAGACUACAAUCCCGGGUAUGAAGAUGAGCCACGCCCGACGCCCAGUCCUGCUCCCAUUAGGCGCUGGAAAACCGUCAAAGAAGUGCAGCUUUUCAACGGCAACCUGGUCUUGGAUUGUCCUAUUGCGCCGAGACUGCUGAGCCAGGUACCACAUGCGGAGGCACCUGGUCGUGACGAGUUCACCCACAUGCGGUAUUCCGCCGCAACCUGUGACCCGGCUGAUUUCUUUGAGGAGCGAUUCACUCUACGUCAAAAGCUGUUUGCGAAGCCGCGCCAUACGGAGCUCUUCAUUGUUGUGACCAUGUACAACGAAGAUGACUUCCUAUUCGCACGGACCAUGUCCGGUGUCUUCAAGAACAUUGAUCAUAUGUGUAAUCGUACAUCCAGUAAGACCUGGGGCAAGGACGCAUGGAAGAAGAUCGUGGUUUGCGUUAUUAGUGACGGCCGUGCGAAGAUUAACCCCCGAACUCGUGCUGUCCUGGCUGGUCUGGGUUGUUACCAAGAUGGAAUUGCUAAGCAGCAGGUCAAUGGCAAAGAUGUCACGGCCCAUAUCUAUGAGUACACCACCCAAGUUGGCUUGGAGAUCAAGGGCACACAAGUUCACCUGAAACCGCGAGCGGGUCCUCCAGUCCAGAUGAUUUUCUGUCUCAAGGAAAAGAAUCAGAAGAAAAUCAACUCUCACCGUUGGUUCUUUCAAGCAUUCGGUCGUAUUUUGGAUCCGAAUAUCUGUGUCCUGCUUGAUGCCGGUACUAAGCCCGGCAGAGACUCGAUUUAUCAUCUAUGGAAGGCUUUCGAUGUGGAGCCGAUGUGCGGUGGUGCCUGUGGUGAAAUCAAGGUCAUGCUUUCAGCCGGCAAGAAGCUGCUGAAUCCGUUGGUUGCUGGUCAAAACUUUGAAUACAAGCUCAGUAACAUUUUGGACAAGCCUUUGGAGUCUUCCUUUGGUUUCAUUUCCGUGUUACCUGGUGCUUUCUCCGCAUACCGAUUCGUCGCACUACAGAAUGACAAGAAUGGACAGGGCCCUUUGGAGCGGUACUUCCUGGGAGAAAAGAUGCACGGUGCCAAUGCGGGUAUUUUCACAGCCAACAUGUAUCUGGCCGAGGAUCGAAUCCUGUGUUUCGAGAUCGUGUCUAAACGAAAAUGCCGCUGGCUGCUUCAGUAUGUUAAGUCGUCGACUGGUGAAACCGACGUGCCCGACCGUAUGGCCGAGUUCAUUCUGCAGCGUCGUCGCUGGUUGAACGGUAGUUUCUUUGCUGCUGUGUACGCCAUUGCACACUUCUACGAGGUCUUCCGCAGUGAUCACAGCUUCCUUCGCAAGCUUGCGCUGAUGAUCGAGUUCGUUUACCAAACUAUUUCGAUGAUCUUCGCUUGGUUUGGCAUUGGAAACUUCUUCUUGGUCUUCCACAUUCUUACGACAUACUUGGGUGAUGAUAAACUCCUCGGUACUGCCGGAAAGAUAUUGGGCAUUGUUUUCGAAUGGUUAUACCUCGCGACACUGGUGACUUGUUUCGUCCUCGCUCUCGGCAAUCGACCUGGCGGUUCAAACAAAUUCUACAUGACGAUGGUGUACUUCUGGAUCUGCAUCAUGAUAUACCUGUCAUUCGCCGCCAUAUUUGUUACAGUCAAGUCUAUUGAGGAAACAGUGGCAGAAACCCACUUCACAGUAAGCAUGCUGUUUACAAACAAGACAUUCUUCUCAAUCGUCGUGUCGCUCGGCUCAACCUGGGUCAUGUGGCUUAUUGCAUCCAUUCUCUUCUUGGACCCGUGGCACAUGUUCACCUGUUCCAUCCAGUACCUUCUGUUAACACCAACCUACAUCAACGUGCUCAACAUCUACGCCUUCUGCAACACUCACGAUAUUACAUGGGGUACCAAGGGUGAUGACAAAGCGGAAAAACUGCCAUCUGCCCACUUGAAGCCUGGCGGCAAGGUCGACGUCAACAUUCCCCAGGACGACGGCGAUCUGAACGCGCAGUACGAAGCUGAACUUGGCAAAUUUGCCAUGAAACCACCAAAGGAAGUUCCCAACAUCACCGAGGAGGACCGUCAAGCAGACUACUACAAGGGAUUCCGCAGUGCCGUUGUAUUGGCAUGGGUAUUCUGCAAUUUUGCCCUCGGUGCGGUUGUGCUUAGCGCCGCUGGUCUACAGACAUUUGAUGAGACCAGUAGUACCGACGGUCAAAACACUGAUACGACCCAGAAUCAGCGUUCUCUUAUCUACAUGGAGGUCGUUCUGUGGAGUGUGGCCGGACUUUCGAUGAUCAAAUUUGUGGGUGCGAUGUGGUACCUAGUUGUUAGGGCGUUCCGAGGUGUUUGA